UCCAACACAACAAGAAUGCCUGCAGGAGGAUAAUUACUGAAACUUAAAGAGCCACGGCUAAUCCUAAGUACUUCACUUUGUAUGACUGCCUUGCCCGCUGUCUCUUAGCCCGCCGCUCAGGCUGACAAAGUGCGAGCUCAGUGAAAGUAAAUAAGAAGCGCUGGUGGCUGCAGAGGCAGCAGUCAAGCCUAAACACACCGUAUGAAACACGGUGAUCUUUCACCGCCGGUAAGCCAGCAAGCCACAUGGGUCACUCGGUACUGUAAAGACCAGCAGUGAUCCCCUCAGCUGGAGCUGGAACUCUCACCAGCAGACACGCUCUGAAUCAAACAGAUCAUUAACAGCCUUCUCCUGACAUUUGUUCAAGACAAGACCCAUCACACAGCGUCUGUGAUUCGUGGGAUAUUUGGUUAUUUAACAUGUAAUUAUCUUAAUAUAGGCAGAGAAAUGAUGUCCAUCCAAAUUACCACUGACAGCAUGUAAGCUGUGGGCCGUCAGACGUAAACAGCAGCUAAAGCUGUUAGACGGCUGGUGUGAGACUGGAUUUUAUGAGGAUGUGGUUAAAAUUUGACCAGCUUUGUUUUUGGUUACAUAUCUGCAGCAACAAAAGUGCAGAGGCAGGGAAAAGUUCUCCACCGGCCGUGUCCAUGCAGGCUCCCGUCCUGCUGCACAAAGCCUGGGAACAGCUGGCUGAUCGAUACGGCCAACAAAGGCUCCGAGGUUCGAGCAGUCAGAAGAUUGUUAGCUGGCCAAUUUAUUUGCCAGACAUUUAUAUCAUUGUUUACGGUUCAGUGCACCCCUUCAGCCCGGCCGUGCUGCCCACCUGUGCUGGGAUCGCUCUCCAAGCCUCUUCUUUGUUGCACGACCUCUGGGGUGGGAGAAAAGAAGGAACAUAGAUGGAGAGAUGAAUGAAUGAAUUUUCACAUGAAUCUGAUUGCACUCCUGUGUUGGUACAGUGUGUGUAUGUGGACUGGACUCGCAGCAGCCCAGCCUGCAUGCUGCCAUGGCUCUGGCUCGGCUUGCGUUCCCCUACCGGCUGGCAGAGACGGGGAGACUUUCUGCGGCUCGCCCGGGCGGAGAGGGGCUUCCUGCACGUCUUUUGUCGCACCAUUUGGGCCCUUGUUGUCUGUGGCCGCCCUGCUCCUCCGGACCCACUUGGCAGCCGCUCUGCAGGCGGACAUCUGCUCUUUGCAACCUCCUGGUGAACAGAGAAAAAACCCACCACAACCAUGAAUCUCUAUGAGAAUCUGGAGACUAUAAACAUGGGCCUGCAUGCUGCACGUUUGAUCAUUUGUUAAAUCUAAAACAGCCCUUUUCUCACUCCUGACCUUUGAGGUCUUCUCCCUUCUGGGGAGCCACAACCUGCAGAAAGGAAAAAGAUCCUCGAGAAAGAGUCGCCCUCUGCUUCCUUGAAAGUCUUACAUAAAAAACAGGAAGAAGAAGUUUUUCAUCAUUCAUUUGACACCAUUCUCCUGGCUUUCCAAGCAGAGAGAUUCUGCAGCACGCAAUAUUGAACCUUUGUUUGUGCUUAGCGGCCCGGACUAACUCGGUCAUUAUGGUGGCGUAAGAAGGUGACAGGUUUUGAGUUUGAUGUCAUGAUGGUAAUGUAGCCCAUGUGUGCAGAAGAAGAAAGCCUUCAAUGGAGGGGGGGCAGACAUCUGUUCAGUGUGGCUUACAGUUACAGGGAGAGGGAACAACCUGUGCACAAGCUGAGAUGCAACAGGCAGCAUAAAAAUAACUUUGUUAUUUAGGUAAAAUAAAUGUGAUCUUGUGAGUGCAGAUGGAUUAGUUUUGCACCUCUGGAGCUCCAGCUCUAGUUUCCUGUCUGGGUGUUAUCACAGUGACCUCUGACAUCAGUUCUGCUGCUAAGAUCUCUCAGUAAUUUGUCACCAGAGGGUAACAUGUCUCCUGCUGCCGUCUGCAUUCCCUACACCUAACAAACCAGCCUGUGCAAAAUGAGCAUCUCUUCAAACAUGAAUAAUAAUAAUUCAUGAGGAGAAAGAAAUAAAACAGCUGUGGUGCUUUUUUAUUUAUUUGCCCGAGUUAUUGUUGUUCUCCGUGUUUUGGUUGGCAUGAGGAGGAACCUCUGGGCUGAUGUGGAGUUAUUCCUACUGAAGUGCCAGUGUAACGUUCCCGUGGCGUUGCGCACAAUCGCAGCGGCAGCAGGAGAGGCUGCGUUACUCUGCUGAGCCAAAACGCGGAGGGUCAAUCAGUGCGCCGCGGCGCAAGGAGCGCGGAGGAGCCGAGGUUAGGAUCGACUCCUUUAGCCAUGUUAGCUGCAACAUGCAACAAAAUAGGGAGUCCGAGCCCCUCUCCAUCUGCUAUUUCGGAUAAUUCUUCUUCGUUUGGAAAAGGUUUCCAUCCGUGGAAAAGAGCCGCAGCCAGCAGCUGCAGCCUCGGAUCCGGCCUGUCCGGCUUCGGGGUGUCCCGCAACGGAUCUGGCAUCUCGGACUCUUUUGGCACCAACAACUCCAGCGGAUCCAGUGCCUUCUCCCUCACGUCUGGUACCUCGCCCGGUUCUCAUUUUGGGAACGACUAUUCUGUUUUCCAAGCCUCCGUUUCGAGCAGCUCCCAAGAGUCCAGCCAUCAACCGGUCUUCAUCUCCAAGGUGCACACCUCCGUGGACAGUUUGCAGGGCAUCUAUCCCAGGAUGAGCGUUGCGCAUCCGUAUGAGUCCUGGUUCAAAUCCUCCCAUCCCGGGAUCCCCGCGGGAGACGUGGGUUCCUCUGGAGCCUCCGCCUGGUGGGAUGUUGGAGCCGGGUGGAUUGAUGUUCAAAACCCCAACGGAGCAGCACUACAAUCGUCCUUACAUUCCGGUGGACUGCAGAGCUCUUUACACUCUCCCCUCGGCGGAUAUAAUUCUGAUUAUUCCAGUUUAAGUCACUCUGCCUUCAGCACGAGCCCCUCUCCACACCUGUUGACAUCCGGCCAGCACCUGAUGGACGGUUUUAAGCCGGUCUUGCCCUCCUAUACGGACACAAGCCCCUCUCCAUUAGCCGGAGCGGGGGGGACUAUGCUCUCCGGGGCUCCACCUGCAACUUUAGCGGGGUCCCCGAGGUCAUCUGCCCGGCGCUACUCCGGCAGAGCCACCUGCGACUGUCCAAACUGCCAGGAGGCGGAGAGACUGGGACCAGCGGGCGCCAGCCUCCGGAGGAAAGGUCUGCACAGCUGUCACAUCCCCGGCUGCGGGAAGGUUUACGGUAAGACGUCACAUCUGAAGGCGCACUUGAGGUGGCACACCGGCGAGAGGCCGUUUGUGUGCAACUGGCUCUUCUGUGGCAAGAGGUUCACGCGCUCCGACGAGCUCCAGCGACAUUUACGCACGCACACCGGCGAGAAGCGCUUCGCUUGUCCGGUGUGCAACAAGAGGUUUAUGCGCAGCGACCACCUGAGCAAGCACGUAAAAACUCACAGCGCCGGGGGCUCCGCCGGUUCUGGAUCCGGGGGCAGCGGAGGCAAGAGGGGCAGUGACACCGACAGCGAGCAUAGCGCACCCGGAUCCCCUCCGUGCCAUUCCCCCGACCUGUUACACCCACAUGAGUCCACCCAGGGGGUGGGCAUGAGCGGCCCCUGAAACUUCCCAAAAGUGAAGCUAAAACAAACUGUUGACGGGAGUAACGAAGAGCUGACACUCUCUGGGUUUCAUCCCUUUGGGAAGGUGGUUAACCGCAUCAUUUCAUCCACGAGCAUCUGCGGCGUGAACGAUAAGUCACGUUACUGCGUGGCACGUGAGCAUCUUUAUGUGUAGAAUCAGGUCCUGAUUAGUCUUUAUUAUCCAGUAAAGCGCAAAAGCAUCCAAACGAAUCCCCGGGGCCUUUACAAGUCGCGCUACUGUUCUGAAACCAAACGCUGGCACUUUAAUCAGAUCGAGCACGAGGGUUUGUUUCCGUCACUGCUCGGUGGGAACAAAUAAUCUUUAUUAUUAUGGGAUGUGAGGAUUGUUCAUUUGAUCCGUCUGAAGCGGUCUGAGCAGCACGUCUGUGUCACAUGUUGCUUUCCACGUUUCCAGAGGCCAGUCGAGGUUCCCUGUUCUUCGUUGCUGUUGUACAUAAAUGUAGUUUAGAGCGAUUCCUGCCCUGAUGUAAAGGUGAGCGCGUGUUCGUCCAGGAGACCGUUUUGUAUAGCUAUUUCUAGUUGUACAUGGGCUCUAGUAAAUAUCUGAGAAUUAUACGGAAAUGUACUUGGAAUUUUCUUUCAAAUGUAUUUGUGGGACUUGUAUUUAACCACGAGUUUCCUGGUUGGUUUUCAUGUAUUUUAGGGGGUCUAUAUCACAUUUAGGCGCACUUUGAAUUUAUUUGUUGGUUUUGAAAUCAUUUACUGUUUACCCACUCAUUUAAUUUAAGUAAGCAUGUUGUAACGUGAUUUUUAAUUUUCCAAUGAUAUCUCUUUUCCCCUCUCUCUCUCCUUCUCGCUGAGAAUGGCUUUUUAUGUGAGCCACUCAAUAAAUGAAUUCAGAAGCAG